AUGGAAGGCGAGCAUUCUAAAAGGCAUAGACACACCAAGUCGUCGGCCCGCCGUCGUUGGUCUCCCACACCACCACCUAGGUCCCCGUCACCUCCACCCAAUCCGAUAUAUGGAUGUAUGGUUUGUUCCGGGCCAAUUCGAGUUGCCAAACCUGAGGCCUUUCUCCAACGCACUCAUACCAUUAAUAAAUUUGCACAUGUGCCAUCUCUCCAUGAGUUGCACAUCUAUAAUCAAGUCCACACAUUGUUCUGGAACAUUAGAUGGCAAGGGUUGUUGCAGUUGCCCCCCCUAGAAAACACCUUUGGCCCCAAUGAACUACUCUCAGGAUACAGUGAUCUUACGUGGUGGAUUGACCUUACGCAUCAACAUCCCGAUGUCUCAAGUUCUGCUAAAGCCUCAUCUCUCAUCCACCCUGUGAUGAAAGUGGCUCAUAGGAUUAUUGCUUCACUUUUCGUCCCUAGAGAAGAAAGAAGCACCAUUAGCGCUCUUGAGCUCAAAAUACUCUAUGCGAUGGCCCACCCGAACAAUGACCUUGUUCCUAACUAUGGCUCAUUCCUUUGCAACAAGCUCACCCUCCUCAACACAUCACGACCCGAAAAAAUUUAUUGUGGUGGAAUUACUGCGGGCCAAAACCACGACCCAAGGUUCCUCAUCACUCCCGAAAAUCGGAACAUCCUUGCCAUCAGGCAGCCUACUAACUUUACCGACUGGAAAAUCACGACUUAUCUUUUCCCCGUCUCCUUCUCCGAGGAGGAAGAUGAGGAAGGUGAAGAAAGCGACGAGGCUGAUGAGAGUGGCGGGGCGGCACCACAAAAUUCUCUGCCCAUGGGUGGAGCUAGCUCAUCCCAUCAUGUUGAGCACCCAUCAUAUCAUCAACAAUAUAUGGAUCAAUUCCAAUCGAUCCAUACCCGAAUUGAUACUUACCAUCAAGAUCUCGCGAACCUAACCCAAAGUUUUUCCUCCUUCACCACUCAAUAUGAUCGGGAUCAAAAGUGUCAACGCAAUCAUGAGGAGGACUUUUGGGCUUGGACUCGAAAUUCCGAUUAUUAUCCUCAUCCUCCUCCGCAAUAG